AUGGCUGACAAGGAAAUUGCCUUUGACGACUCGGUGGAAGAACGUGUGAUCAAUGAGAAGUACAAAAUAUGGAAGAAGAAUACCCCUUUUCUUUACAAUUUGGUGAUGACCCAUGGCCUGGAGUGGCCCAGUUUAACUGCCCAGUGGCUUCCAGAUGUAACCAGGCCUGAAGGAAAAUAUUUCGGCAUUCACCAGCUUGUCCUGGGAACACAUAUAUCAGAUGAACAAAACCACCUGGUGAGAGCCAGUGUCCAGCUUCCUAACGAUGAUGCUCACUUUAAUGCAUCACACUAUGACAGUGAAAAAGGAGAAUUUGGAGGUUUUGGCGCUGUCAGUGGGACAAUUGAAAUAGAAAUCAAGAUCAACCAUGAAGGAGAAGUAAACAGGGCUCAAUACAUACCCUUCAUCAUUGCAACCAAGACUCCAUCCAGUGAUGUGCUUGUUUUUGACUACACAAAGCAUCCUUCUAAGCCAGACCCUUCUGGAGAGUGCAACCCAGAUUUGCAUCUCCAUGGACAUCAGAAGGAAGGUUACGACCUUUGUUGGAAUCCAAACCUCAGUGGGCACUUACUUAGUGCUUCAGAUAACUAUACCAUCUGUCUAUGGGACAUCAGUGAAGUUCCAAAAGAAGGGAAAGUGGUGGAUGCAAAGACCAUCUUUACACAGCAUACAGCAGUAGUGGGGGACAUUUCCUUCCAUGUGCUCCACCAGUCUCUGUUUGGGUCUGUUGCUGACGAUCAGAAACUUAUUAUUUGGGAUACUUGUUCAAACAAUGCUUCCAAGCGAAGCCACUCAGUCAAUGCUCACUCUGCUGAAGUGAACUGCCUGUCUUCCAAUCCUUACAGCGAGUUCAUUCUUGCCACAGGGUCAGCUGACAAGACUGUUGCCUUGUGGGAUCUGAGAACCCCGAAACUCAAGUUGCAUUCCUUUGAGUCACACAAGGAUGAAAUAUUCCAAGUUCAGUGGUCACCUCACAAUGAGACUAUUUUGGCUUCUAGUGGUACUGAUCAUAGACUGAAUGUCUGGGAUUUAAGUAAAACUGGAGAAGAACAGUCCCCAGAAGAUGCAGAAGAUGGCCCACCAGAGUUGUUGUUUAUUCAUGGUGGUCACACUGCCAAGAUAUCUGAUUUCUCCUGGAAUCCCAAUGAAUCUUGGGUGAUUUGCUCUGUAUCAGAAGACAGUAUCAUGCAAGUGUGGCAGAUGGCAGAGCACAUUUAUAAUGAUGAAGCCCCUGAAGGAAGUGUAGAUCCAGAAGGACAAGGAUCCUAG